AUGAGUGUAAAAGGUAGCAAUAACUCAUUUCAUAAUCCAUAAAACUAGCAACAAGGAUAAGAAAAAGAUGAAAAUUAAAAUAUAAGAUAAAAUAGUGUAGUGCAUUUUGCGAAUGACAUACCAUUAGUUGUUGUAGAAAUACCUUUAAAUGGAAAAAUUGCAAAAUUACCUAUAUUCGAGUUUAGUAGUCCUGAUAAUCUGGCUUCUUAAUUUUGUAGAAAAUAUUAACUAGAUGAAAAAUUGAAAAAACCAAUUAAAAAAAUGAUAGAAAAAUAAAUGUAGGAAGCACUUAAAGCUAAAUCAAAAUAGAACUCCAUAGAUAGCGCAGACAAUCAUCAAAACAAUAAAAAAUUAUAAAAAAGCUAAUCAACAGUUUAAAUUUCUUAAAAUUAAAAUUAGUAAAACUAUAUGCCAUAAUAGCUUGCUGAUAAUUAGCUUAAUCAAAGAGAUAAUUAUCAGGGAAAAUAUAUCAAUAACUUAAAUGAACAAAAUAUAAACAACGAAGAGUAUAGAGAAGAAUAAAAGGCAAGCAAAAAUAAUUUUUCAUCAAGCAAUAGAAAUUAUAACAAAAAUGAAUAGCAUUUAGGUGAAAAUUAGAAUGAAUUAUAAUAAAAUAACAAAAAGCAUAAGGUUUAAAUUCAGCCUGAUCACUAAAUAAAGAAUGCUGAGAAUUAGCAUUAAAGUUUCUAAAAGCUAAAACAUAAAGAUUUUUUUACAGAAAAUAGUGAGACUGAGAAUGAAUUGUCAGAUGUUGCUGAUCUUAGAAAACCUGCUAUAAAACCAGUGAAAAAUAUAAACUAAGCAAAUUUUUAGCAAAAAACUUUAUAGAAAAAUAAAUAAUCCUAAAGCUCAGCAUAGCUUCUUAGGGAAUAAAAUUACGAAAUGAAAGAAAAAGAAUAACCUUAUUAGCAAUCUACUUUUCAAGAUACUUAGCAAUCCAGAAAUAGCAAUAGAUAUGAAAAUACUCCAAAUAUAAUUACUUAACAAACAUAAACAAGGUCAAUAUUAAAGCAAAACAAGUCUUAAGAAAAUUUGUUUAAAAAUAAUGAGUUUCUAAAUGCUUAAGAUUAACGUUAAGUACAUAAAAACUUGUAAUCUCAAAAUGAUAGUAAUAGCAAUAUAAAAGACAAUAUUCAAAGAUCUGAUAAUUCUAGAUAUUUAAAAAGCAAUAAUUAGGAAGAAGUUAGUUUAAAUAAUAGAUAAUAACAAAUAGUUCAUUUAAAUCCUAAAAUAAACGAUCAAGUAGAAGAAGAAAAGGAAGAGACAUUCCAAAUUUAAAAAAACAAAAAAGUUUAAAAUAUAACCAGAGGCAGCUAAAAGGAGAUAAUUUAAAAUGAUAGAAAAUAGCAAAAUAUUUAUGAAAUUCAUAACCAAAAUCUAAUCAAUAAAGUUGUUGAAUAAUAAGUUUAUAAAAAUACACUAAAAAAUGACUAAGAAUCUGCAUAAUUUACCUUUAAUGAAGAUGAAUCUAAUGAUAAUGAAGACCCCAUUUAAAAUAGAGAUUUCAAAAUAAAACGUGAUAUCAAUUAAAAUGAGAAACUCAUACAUAAUCAACACUUUAAAAACUCUAAACAAAAUUUAGAUUCCCAUUAAAACAAUAUUCAUAAAAAAGACUCUGAUAGUGAUGAAGUUAGCUAAAACCAAACAAAUAAAAAUUUCAAUAAAUAAUAACAAAGCCAAGAAGUUAAAUCUAAUAUUUCAGUAAAUUAAGAAAAGCCAAAGUAGAACAUCAAUUAAAAAUAAGAGAAGAUGAUAUAUCAAGAUACAUAGGAAAUGAAUUAAAAUGAAAAUGAAGAAGAAGAUACUGAAGUUGAUGAAUUAUAAAAAAUACAAAAACAAAAUAAAUAAAAUACUUUAUUGAAUUAAAAUAAAAACCUUUAAAACUAAUUUACCAAAAAUAAAAAAAUUUAAAAUAAAAAUAAUGAAGAGUUUUAAAACUAUGAUUAAAUUAACAAUUAAGAUAGUUAUGAAAAUACAGAGAAUGAUAACGACCAUUUUAACUAAGUAGAUGAAGCUUAAGAUCUUGUGUAGAAUCCUUAGUUAUUAAAUUUACUAAGCAAGCCAAUAAAAAGAGCUCCUAAUGGUGUUUUAUAAAGACAACAAAAAAAUGCAAUAGCUGAAGGAAAUGAAAAUCAUAACUUAAAAGCUAAACCAUUUGUUUAAAAUAAAAUCAAAGAUGAUACUUUUAACAGUAAUAACGUUUUCAAUAUUAUCACUUUAGAUUAACAAAAUGAAGUUAGUGAUUUCGUUUCUGAUAAUUUAAAAGCUAUAAACUAAGGUUUAGCGCAGUAAAAUUAACCAUAGGCUAUUUAAAUUAAUCCCAAUAGCAAUAAUGCUAUAUCACCAUAAAGUUAUAUGUCACCUCCUCCUUAGAGAUAUUUGUCUCCUUCUUCAAACUCUAAUUUUUCAAACACUCAAUAAAUCUAGCAGCCAAAUAUUUAUAUGUCACCUAAGACGUAGUUUUAAUAAAAUGUAUAUAGAUAAGCUAACAAUGCUAUUCCAUAAGACAAUAACAAUUUUUUCACUACUUAAAAUAACAACAUCAACUAAUAGGUAAAUAGAUAAAUAAAUCCUUAACAUCCUAGUGAAUUUUAUUAAAAUAAUUAAAACUAAAUUCCUUAUUAUUAAAAUUAAAUGCUUUCUCCUUUAAACAAAAAUUAUUAAGGCUUAAACUAUUAAGAAAAUACCUUUUAUUAAAAUUAAGUUUAUUAAUAAAACUUAUCUUCGCCUCAUCAGUAAAAUAAAUUUAAUUAAUUUCCUCCAAAUAAUUAAAACAUAGCAAAUUUGCCAUUAAAUUAAUCAUUUUUAAGUAGUAAUAAUAAUAAUACAAUAAAUACCUCUAUCAAUGGUAGUUUAAUUAAUAAAAGUUUUACCCCAAGGAGAAAAAUCUUUGAAGAAAAUAAUUAAUUUUUUAGAAAUUAGCCAAUUUUACCUCAAAAUAUUAUUUAUGACCAAAGAAUCAAUGAGUAGUAGUAUUAAUAAUAAUAUGUAACUCCUAUCAAAAAUGGUUCUUCUACACCUAUGAGGUAUAGGAAUUAAGAAAAUACACAAUUUUAGCAAUAAUAAAGAUAGCAAUUUAUUUAUCCCAGUAGAUCUAUUUCACCUAAUGGAAACAAUAAUUAUAUAAAUAAAAAUUUUAGUUAUUAACAAUAGCUGCCUUUAAAUUAAUAAAGUUUACAGUUUACAUCAUCAAGCUAAGCUAAUUAUAAUAGGAAUGGAUUUGUAAAUCAAAGCAAUUUAUAAAAUAUUCCAAAAAUAAAUACUCCUUUCUAAUAAUAAGUUUUUGAAUAAUAGCAAUAAUAAAAUUUUAUCACAUAGUAACAUUAAAUCUAAAACAAUUAAAUGAUUGUUUAGUAACAACCAUAGUAAGUAUAUGGACAAGCACCAUAGUAUUUAUAGUAAAAUUAAAAUUAAAUAAGUUAACCUAUUUACAAAUAAAACUUUCAAAAUAAUACUAUUGAAAAUCAAAGCAAAUCACCAAGAAGCUAAGUAGCUUUACCCCAAGAUUAAAGAGCUUACAAAAACAAUAAUCAUUUUUAAGGCAACACAGAGGUAUACUAAAAAUCGCUUGACACUCCUUCACCUAACUUUGCUCCUGAUAUAGAAAAAAGUACCUAGAAAAGUAAUAUAUAAAGUAAUAAUGGUAACAGAUCACCUUCUCCAACUUAAAUAAAAUCUGCUAAUAAUAAUUUCAAUUAUAAAAAUCUAAAUAUACCACUCUUUGAAAAAAUAAAGCUUUAACAGUAGGAGUAAUUUAAAUAAAUGGGACUUGAUAAUAAUAUGUAGCAAACGAGCUAAAAUGCUUCAAAUAUUAUUGCAAUUUAACCAACAAGUGUAAUUUCUACAGAUAAAAUUGGAGGAGAAAAAGUGAAUAACUAGCUUACAUAAUAAUACCAUAAAAAUUUAGUUCAGCAAAAAGAUUAUUACGUUAUAGAUGAUAUAAAGAGCUCUGGUAUAAGAGAAGAAGAUAUUUUUGAAUCAAAUUAACAGAAUGUAAGCCAACGCACAUCAGUAAAAAUAGAUGAAUCAGAACAUAUAUAAAAUGGAAUUUUAUUUAGCCUUAAUGCAAAUUAUUAAGAAAAGAAACAAUCAAUUAAUAGCAAUAUAAAGGAGCUAUUCAGUUUGCUAGAUUCAAAGAAUUAAGGGUGGAUUUCUUAACAAUAAAUUGAUUUUUCUAAACUACCACCACAUUUUUAGCUAAGACUUGAAUUGAAUUAACUUCUUGAAGAAUUAUUUUAAUAGUUUAAAACUGUUGAUAUUGAUAGUUUUUCUGGUAUUAUUACUUCUAAAUACCCAUAAGUGAUGCAGCACUGUAAUACUAUAUUCAAUACAACUAAAUCUUAAAACAAUAUUUUACCUCAACAACAAAUUCGACCCCCAAGUUUUGGACUCUCUAAAGACACCCCUGUUUUUUAAUGA